GCAGUGUGUUGGGUCGGCGUGAGAUUAUUACUGAUGGUGUCUCUCAAAAAGCCGAUCUCAUCCCUGCGAAAUGCGAUCAUCAGUGACCGUGUGAACUCCGGUGACAGGGCCUUUGAUGAACGGGAGUAUAGAAGAUUCAACAAAUCCGGCCGUACAAUGUUGCUCAUCAUAUAUGGCCUGGUCAUUGUCGAUACAGUACUGCUUUCGAUCCCACAUCCGAUGAAGGAUAGCGUGCUUGAGUUGCCUCCACAAUUGGCGCGGUCGGGAAAGGCGGCAUCAGGAGUAUUGUAUUUCUUUUUUCUUGGCUUCAUAGCGUUGUCCUUGAUUCCGAGGGUAUUCUGUAGUCUGGCUUGCAUUGGAAUUUUGCUCAUGGGAUUGCGGCUGAAGCUCAAACUGUUGGCCAACCGCUAUGAAACCAUUAUUGGCUAUAUAUUCUUGGACGCAGAUAGUUAUUACGAGCGUGUAGGCCGAGAAGUGCGGAUCGCCGUUGAUCAGCAGCUGGAAUGUUGGAGGCAAAUACAGAUCCUGAAGAAUUGUGUUAGGAAGCAAUUUUUCGUGGUGCAUUACUUUGCAGUGUUUGCUAUUGGCGCCUUGCUGUACCUUUGCCAAGAUUUGGGAUUCAAUGUGUUGUCCGUUGCUAUUGUAGCGACCACUGCGGGCUUUCUGCUGGAGUAUUAUUUGUGGUGCGAUUUGGUGGACUCUCUUCAGGAGGAGGCUCACACUAUUGGGUACCUGAUUUUCGAGCUUUGUGCCAAGAUUCCUUACAUCCAGAAGUAUAGGCUUCAGUACAAACGUUUACAAUCGUCGCUAAUGAUCACCUGGAUCAACACCGGCAAUAGUUUGAAGAUGGAUUGCAUGGGACUUUUUGAAAUCUCGAAAGUGUCCUUUGUCUAUUUGCUUAACGUUGUGUACAAAGUUUUAAUGUUUCUGAUUAAAAUUAAUUGAAUACUAAUAAUCCAGUUUUACAAACACAUAAUAUGGUACCUAAUAUGGAUAUGGAAACAUCAUUUUUAAUUCAAUUAUGUUAUUAGAAGUGGCUAGGCUGUUUUUGUAUAGGAAUUUAUUUGCACUCAUUAAAAGCCUAAUUAGCAGCUUUUUAUUCAGGAAAGGUAUAUUAAAAUUAUAUGUUCUACUAGUUGAUGAUUCUAAUUGAUACUAAUUACAUAAAACAUGCUAUUGUAAAUCUUGAAAAUAAAUGUGUUUGUCAACAAA